AUGGCUAACGCUCCGGAAAAACCGCUCCAUGAACUCCUCUCCCGCUCCAUGGUCGAUAUCUACGUCGGCCCCGAAAACACGCACUGGAUCCUACACGAGAAGCUCCUCUGCCACCACUCGCCCUUCUUCCGCAAAAUCUUCUACUCCAAAUCCUCGUCGUCGUCACGAACGCAAUCCUUCGGCCUCCCCGAAGAAGAAGAUCUCCCCUUCAAGACCUUUGUCGGCUGGUUGUACUCCUCCUCUCUGCCCGUGCCCCGCGAGGAAGCAGAUCUAGGAACAUGCUUCGAUCUGUACCUUAUGGCGGAGAAGUUUGAGAUACCUGGUCUGGUCGCCGAUGUCCUGCAGGUGGUGCGUGAGUGGUACAAGUAUAGUGACAGCUACCCGGGUCUACGCCGCGUGCAGUACAUUUACGCGAACACUGAGGAGGGUAGCCCAAUGCGACAUAUGCUUGUGCAUUCGGUUGCGCGCAUGAUGGUUAUUGAAAAGGGUAUUCCUGCGCACUGGGACAAGGCACUGCGUAAGAACGGGCAGCUGGCUGUUGAUAUCAUCCGUGCGAUUCAGGACUGGCGGCUCGAUGAGGAGGUUGUGCCCGAUGCGCGCGAGGAACCUGCCGAGGCUGAGGACCUGGUUGAUGUUGAGGGCGAGACGGCUAAGUUGGAUGAGGAGGCUGAGCAGGAGAUUGAUGAUGAGUUGGUUGAGCGUGCUGAGGAGGAGACGGCUGAUGAAUCCGAGGACACGGUUGUCGAGAGCCCGUCCAAAGAGUCCAAGCAGAGGCCACAGCAGGUCAAGGGUCAGAAGAGCGAGGUUGAGGGCCAGGCGAAGAAGACGGCGGCGGAUGCGGGAUUGAACAAGGAUUUCUCAAAGUUCAGCCUCGGCGAGAUGCCGAAUCAGAUUGAGAAUGCCGACUAUGGCACUCUGCGCGCAUAA